ACGCCCCUUGUUGGCUUGUUGCAUGCUAGAUAAUAAAUAGCUGGAACCUGCGAACUUUUGACCCCGAGAACCGUGGCGAUGGCGGAAGACGAAGGCUUGGAAGCGAUCAGAGCUAAGAGGCUGGCAGAGUUACAGGCUCAAUAUGGCGGAGGACAGCGUGAUCAGGAACAGAAGCAGCAGGCGGCAAAGACGAGAGAGGAAGACAUGAAAAACUCAGUGUUGUCACAGAUCCUGGAGCAAGGAGCCAGAGCAAGAUUGAACAGCAUUGCUCUGGUGAAGCCGGACAAAGCCAAGUCUGUUGAGAUGAUGUUGAUAAGGAUGGCCCAGAGUGGCCAGAUAUCGGGCAAGGUGUGUUUCCUCCCAGGGCUUGCUGAUACUGCUCAGCCUUUUUAGAUUGAGAAUAAGACAUCGCCACGUGACAUGGCUGAACCCACCAAUAAGAGGCACUUUUUUAUCCCUAAUGUUUACCACUGCAAUGUAGACAGCACGUGCACAUAAACCUAUAUACAUGGAUGAUAGUUUGUGUUUGGUGCAGGUAGGGGAAGGUCAGUUGGUUGAACUGCUGGAGAGGAUAAAUCAGCAGACACAGAAAUCUACCAAAGUCAAGUUCGAACGAAGACGUCAAGAUUCAGAUGAUGAGUUCUAGAUGAACAUUUUUCAGUUUUGUUCGUAGUUUUUAUCAUCAGUGGACACACAUUCUAUCACUGUUUGCUGCGAGGCAGUUGCCAGCAACCUUUGAAGUUGGUGUGCGCGGUCCAAGUUGCGUUGCAAGCGCAGAGCCUCAUCCCUGACUCGCUGCACCGCUUCCCUCAGUCUCGCUACUCUCUCCAUUAUCCACGACUGCGUGUCUCGUGUUCUGCUUUGAACUUGGAAUGUGAUCAAGACAACUGAACUGCAAAAAGUUGGGCGGAGCUCGACGCGUUAGUCACAUGCUUGCCUUGUGCACAUUCUACCCAUACCGGCACCAUAACCAUCUCUACAUCUACUACGCCAGCCGCUAUGAAGAGCCCCGUUGCCGUGUUUCUCCUGGUCGUAGCUUCAGGCCUGCCUUGCUGGUCCCGCGAGAGAGAUGGCGAGAUCAACUUCCUGGUGUUGGGAGACUGGGGAGGCAAGCCAGAAUCUCCCUACACGACUGACACAGAGCGAGAGGUUGCCGAUCAGAUGGGAACGACAGCCGCUGAAGUUGGAUCCUUGUUCACUAUGGCCUUAGGAGACAACUUCUAUGACCUUGGAGUGAAGGAUGCCAGCGAUCCUCGCUUUCAGAAUACGUUCGAGAAUGUGUUCACGGCUAAGGCUCUCCAGUCUCGGUGGUACGUUGUGUGUGGAAACCAUGAUCACUAUGGAAAUGCAUCAGCAGAGGUUGCGUACACCAAGAUGUCCCAGAGGUGGUACAUGCCUGAGUUCUAUUAUACUGAGGUGUUCUCAAUACCAGGCACAGGCGCUAAUCUCCAACUGGUGAUGAUAGACACAGUGUUACUGGCUGGUCUCACCCACCCUGUGCUCAGGGAGCUGCCUCCCUCAGGACCUGCCUCUCUGAGCAGAGCUGAGGACCAGUGGCAGUGGAUCCAGGAGACUCUAGCUUCCUCCACAGCAGACUGGAUCAUUGUGGCUGGCCACUACCCUGUGUGGUCAAUAGCAGAGCAUGGACCAACAAGCAUCCUUGUGGAAAAACUGCGUCCAAUGCUUGAGAAAUACAAUGUGUCAUCGUAUUUGUGUGGCCAUGACCACAAUCUCCAGCACAUCAGAGAGAGCUCCAGUCCAGUGGACUACUUUGUUGUUGGAGCGGGUCACCUGACGGACCCCUCCACCGCCCACGAGAAAGACAUUCCUCCUGACUCCCUCAAGUUUCACUAUGGAGUUUUCGAUAUAUCCGAGAGCCACGGAGGCUUUGCUACAGUUGGUAUAACUAACAAAAUCAUGACAACCACCUUCUAUGAUGCCAAAGGAAACAAGUUGUACAGUGCAAACACUGCUCAGACUAGGAGCAUCAUGUAAUGUACGCUACAAAAGGCACUCCAAACUGCUAUAUUAUAUCAUAUUGUAUUAUUAUGUCCUAUUUAGCAGAGUCCCUAUAUUUUUUGUGACGUAUCACAUGUUCAUUUAUGGACGUGCUGGUCCCUGUGUACUCAACUUAUUGAGUGUGGUCCUCACUAACUUCUGCAUUUCCUCUGCUCUUUUCCUUCCUGUCACCAUGACUUCCUCAUGAGUGGGUGGGAUUGCCUCACUAUCAUUGUCCAAGACGACUUUGUUGGUCACAAGGGACAGACCUGGAGGGACACACAGCCAUGUCAGGGAAUGAGGGAGAGCAGAGCAAGCUAACCCAAAACUCUCAUUCCACUGU